UGAUCACGGGUGGGUGUCGCCGCUCCUGGCGCCUUGCCCUCGCCACACACUUUGUUAUAUAUAUAAGUUUUUCACAGUUUAUAUGGUUUCCAACAAAAUUAGGUAGGCAAGAUAUAUAGGCCUAUUAACAUUAUUUAAGUUUGCCGGUGAGGAACUAUAUGAAAAGUAUAAUAUCUAUGCAACACAUCUCGGCAGCCCAAUUCAUUAUAUAUGAAAUUUCAAUGAAUAAUAAACAUGGCAUUUUAUAAAACUUUGCAUGCACGCGUCAUUGUCCUCAUGAGUCUAGUUAGCGCCUUCGUCUACUAUCAAGCAAAGGACGUACCGGUCUUGUCCCCUUCAGUCGACGUUCCCAUCUUGUCCUCUUCAGUCGACGAUCCGGCCAUCGAAAGUGAACUGCUGGAGAAGAAAUCACAGAGCUCUCAGAGUACCCAGCAAGAAAUAAUUCAACGAGAAAGCGCCAAUGCUUCCCAUAAGGAAGAUAAGUCAGGAGACGCGGGACCCUCAGAGGUCGUGAAGGCCUCGCCCAGAAGUGUUGGGGUCAAGGUGGUUCAAGAACAACAGCAGUGGGAGUUCCCAGUGUUGGAACCCUCUGGCGGGGCCUUCCUCAGCACGCUCGACUUUUCUGGUUACGAACUAAAGGACCGCCGGUUCAUGGAAGCUCGCAGAAAGUUGAUGGUACGACGAGCGGAAGUUCUGCGCAAAGUGUGUAACUCUAGAGAGCGUCUGGCCAGGACUUCUGUCCUCUUGCGUGUGGUCUGGGACACCACACACACGCCCAACGUCGUCUGGUGCCCCGUGUAUAAGGUAGCUUCUACAUCAUGGAUGAUAAACUUUCUACGUCUUGCACACUUCAAUGACAACAACACUGAACUCGCCAACCUGCCAGCGAAACUAAAGGAAAAAAAGAAAUUUAAGGUAAAGUAUGGUGCCACGCAGAGCAAGGUAUAUGAGCUUUAUCCACCACCUGAGGACCCACAGGAGAGGACUUGGGUCUUCAAGAACAGUGUGCGGGCUCUAGUUGUCAGACAUCCUUAUUCCAGGCUCAUCUCAGCCUAUAGGGAUAAGAUGCUAAAGCUGAAUCCCCUACCAGAAGAACAUCACUUCAGAGACCUACAACUACACAUCAUCGCCAGAUAUAGGAAGAACAAGACUGAGACCUCACCCUUCCCAACCUUUCCGGAAUUUGUGGAGUAUGUCAUUGAUAGCACUAGAGGCUUAAACACCAGGGAUGAGUGGAUAAGUAAGGUGAAGUGUUGGACGCCAUACUGGGCCCAGUGUAAUGUGUGCGCUUCAGAUUAUAAUGUUGUGCUCAAACUGGAGUCGAUACAGAAAGACGAGAGGUUCCUCAUCACCCUGGCAAACAUGACGGAGCUCAAGAAACUGAAGUCCCCAGAGUGGCGUCACUUGCAAGACGGAACACCCUCUGACGACCUUGUUGUUAAAUACUUCAAAGAACUCAAUUUAUACCAAAUAAAACAACUACAUAGUCGGUAUCUUCUUGACUUUCUGCUUUUUGGUUACCGUCAAGAUAAGCAACUGCUGAAGAAUGCACGAGAGUAACAGUUGAUCUAGCAGCGCAGAAUUGUUAAUUUACCAAACAUGAUACAAAACUUGUGAUGUGUAGAGAUAAUAAUGACAUUUUCUGUGUGUAAUCAUUAUAUGGUUCAUGAUGAACUGUAGACUAGAAGUGCUCCAACAAAUGACAUCGGUUUUACGAUGAGCUAAAUUACUUUCUUCUGAAGCAUGUUUUAAGUGUUAUGACUUGCUUGUAUAUUCUCUUAAGUGUUAUUCACAAUGCUCUUGUUUAUAAAACAAUAUGAUAGCUCAAAAAUUUAUACUUGGAAGAGCAAUCAUUACUAAUUUAAAUGUAGGCUGUGAUGUAUACUGUGAUUUAUUAUAACUAAAUUUUAAAGCUGCUUUUACAGUUGUUUGGUAAAACAUUAUUUUAUCACACACAUAUAUCUCCUAUCAUGGUAAAAUUCAUGCAUUUCCACUGCCCCAUUUCCCACUUUAUGGGGUGAAGAGGCAUCAGUGUUUAGGAAAAAAUAAGGCUUUAAGUGAACUGUGUAUGAAAAGUUUUUUGAGGAAGCCAUUUGGUCACUUCCUAAGGCAAUGUCCCAGUCUCCCUUGGGCAUGCAACCAAAUCAGCCAGGUCAAUGCAACCUUCUCAUCCUCAAUGCUGCAGAUGUAUUUCAAGUGGGCCACUCUUGAAGAGAAGUGAUGGAAGAGAGGCACUCGAGCUUUCAAUCAAGACUAGCAUAGCCUCCAAAAGUGCCAUUCAUCUACUGUACACUUAAAGCAAUUUUUAGGUUCAAUGUAACUGUGAAGUAUUGCUCUGCUAAUUGGUAAUUUGUCCCCUGAUCACUUACCAACCAACCACCAUGUGAUGACACUAAUAAGCAGAAGCAACAAUAGAUCUACACCUAACUUUCAUUCCAAGUUUAAGCAUAGGGAAAGUUGGAGUGAACAGAAGGGAAUGGGAUUGAAUGAGUGGCUUGCUCAGAAUGGAGCUUUUAAUCUACACUUAAAAAUUUAUACCCGAGCUUAAACCAUUCAGUCAAUCCCUCGGGCAAGACUCCCCCUGGCUACACUCUACCAAAAAAAGAAUGGAAACAUAAGAUAGACAAACAAGACAAUCUUGCUCAUGUGCAAAGAUACUGUAUCUCCGUAGCACCAGAUGUCCAAGACCACAGACCACUGCAAAAAGCAAAAUUCACAAAGCUGACAAAUGGCCCAGUCUUGCACACUGACAAUGAAUGUGGAAAAUCUGAGGCAUAUAAAGGGAACACAAACAUGAGGUUUUUCCUCCAAAAUCACUGGGUCCUGAUGUCAGCAUGAGACAAGGCAAUGAACUACUUGAAUGUGGCAAAUUUCUGCAGGUCAUGGGUACAUGGCGUAGGACUGCAGUUGAUCGAGUUUCUCCACUAUGCAUAUCAAGCAUAUUGAAUCAUGCCUUAGAACAUGGAACCAUGGUACAGGAGUUUAGGAAUGGAAUCAGAUUGUUACAAGACACAAGAUUAAGGUGAGAGAGCAUAAAGAUAAACAAAACUCAGACAAGGAUAUGACUCCUUUGAAAUAAUGUCUCAUUCUCAACCACGGAUGAGGGAUCUGAAUAGCGUUUGACAAAAGUGUUAAACCUACCAAAGACAUAAACACCUGAUGAUGAAAGAACGCAUGAAAAUCUGUUAUACAUAAUGAAACAAAACACGAAGCCUUCUUGGAGAUACGGGAAAUGAGGCAUGAAUGGCAAGACACCACAUGGCAAACACAGUUGUCAUCUGGAUAACUACUGUGAGAGUACAGUGGUCUCAGGAUGUACAACUACCUCUUGACUGAUAUUGUGAUCCCUCACUGGUUGGUGAACCAGGCUUAGAAGGGCCAGGGAAGAGUCACUGAACGCCUCUUGUUUACCGUACUGGUGCUGUCACUUUGUGGUGGGCUGAGGUAAUAGCUAGAUGGACAACUAGCAAUUAACAAAGCAACAUUUGGGGGGGGGGGUGUCUUUGAACCUAAGUUUUGCCUUUACAAGAUUUUUGAGUGCAGAUAAAUUAACUGUCUGUCAUUCUGAACUAGACGGACAAUUCCCCAGUGUGUCUCUUCAAUAACCUGUGGGUGGUGGAAGUGGCUUGAGAAAGCCUUCUUAUCUAACUUCAAGUAAUAGGUUAAUCUUAAUAAUUUAAAAUUUGACAUGGUCUAAAAUUAAUAGUCUAACUUUGUAUGUUUUUAUUAUUUAACUAAUUACAAAAUUGUAAUACUGUACCUUGAGGCCAAAUUGUUUGUAUUGUGUAACACCCUACAAGUGCAAUGAGAUGUACGAUCUGGCAGCAGAUUAUCAUUUCAAUAAUGUAUGUAACUUAAUCAUUUAUUUCAUGCAAUUGUCUAUAUAUCUAAUGUUAAGGAGAACAUAAUCUGAACAAUUCUGUAUACCUGUAAUUAAAUGUUACAAAUAAUAAAAAGCAGCAAUGCUUA